CAGUUAUUUCCUUUGGAAUGCGGAGGGGCAAAUAUGCAUUUCUGAACCCAGAAAUGUGAGAGUUUCAAAGUUACAUACAUACUCUCCUACUUUAGUAUUUUUAAUUUUGAAAAAGUGAUACAAACGUGUAAUGAAGAAAGGGGAACUUUUGAGUGUUGAAAGCCAGGAUGUUCUAACCAAGUGGGUUCUUUUUCCCGAUUUCCAGAGAAUUUAGGAAGGCUGGAAACCACACACACACACACACCCGAACCUGUUCAGAGUUCCCAGAAUCCAGCAGAGGAAAGUCUGGAUGAAUGAAGACGAGGGUGCCUCUUAAGCAUGUACAGAAUGUCUUUUCAUAUCCACUCAGUAAGCACAAGGCUCCUCUAGGGUGGCUUCUCUAAAAUAUCUCCUUCAAUUUGUUUCCACUUGCGUUGGGGUAAAAACAAGAAGCAGCAGUCGUGCUUCUAACGAGAGUGGUUCCAUUCGUUUAGCGACUGACUAAACCUCUCAGACCAGACAGUCCCGGAGACGGAGUUUUCCAAAGAACUCAGAAGCCCCAGUUAUUUCCUUUAACCCAAUACCAUCCCCUCCCAACCUCCUUCCCCCUGCCGUUUCCUACAGGAGCUCUUUGUAUUCAUUCAUUCUCUAUGCACCGCUCCCCCCCCCCCCCGCUUUUAAAGUAACCUUAUUAAAACAAACAACCGCAGUCAUUUCAGAGCAGCUUUCGGCUUCUGACAUAUCCCCUUUGAUCUAACGUCUAUUUAUUAGAAAUAUUUUUAUACCGCCCUUCGAUCAUAUUCCCCGGGCGGUUUCCAAAAGGAAAGAAAACCCCUAAGCAUAAUAAACUUAAAAAGCCACAAAAUCAAGGAGCAGCAUGAAACAGGCUGUAGGGCUUGUUUUUGUGGGUUAAAGGAAAAACCAAAAACCUCAGCGGGACCCUCUAUUUGGGGAACCCAGGCGUCCUGGCACCCAGCUCUCCCGCCUCCCAGUCCCCGGUUAAAUCCAGGCGACUCGUUGCCCUGCCCAGAAAAUCCACAAUUUCUCGCUCUGAGCUUUUCCUGCUUUAACUUGCUAGACACCCCCCCCCCGCCUCCCUCGCCCCCUUCCCAGAUCAAAGGAUGGAACCCAGGAGUCCUGGCUCCUUGCCCGCCAAUCCUGGCCUUCCGGAUCUGCGUGGGCGUCUCUAUAGUGAGCCGAGGAAAGUCUUUGGAGCUGAGUCACAGACAGACCAGCGGUUCAGUCGCUCCUUUUUCUCAUCCUCGGAGGCAGGGAGAGCGGUCGAGAGAUGCUGCUGCCUUUGGGAGCCGUCCUGGUGGGGCUUUUCCCCUUCCUGUGCAGGAUAGCCUCGGGAGAGCCGGUUCCAGGUAAAGGGGUCUCCGGAAGCGGCGGGGUGGGAUGGUUUGGAGUGGGGUCGUCUCACCCAGCCGCCUUCACAGCUAUAAAGCCAAGGUGGGCAGGAGGCAAGGAGGUGAAACUUCGUCUCCCGGGCAUGGAGAUGGGGAGGCUGUACCGGUUGAACUUCCUCUGCCGGCUGCUAGUCCGUCGAGCUUACUACUGUCUACACUGACAGUGUAGCGGCUCUCCGUUGUCCCAGCCCCACCUGAGAAUACUGGAUCUUUGACGACGGGGUGGGCUAGGGAUGGGGGCUGUUGGGCUCUCCCCCCGAGAACGCGAAGUGGCAAAGCAACCCAGAUACAAAGGGGCCAAGCGAGUAUGUCAGCUUUCGAAUCACACAGAACUCCGUUCAACAGCCCUGUGUCUAGACGUAGCGGCGUUUCCAUCCAUUCCUCUGCGUGGGUGUAAAGCCCUCUCUUGUGCUGCUCUAACAGUUGCUCUCCAGGCAGAAGUUCAACAGGUGCAACCUUUUAAACCAUUCGCGUCUGAGAGAGGGCUCGACCUGUUGAAUCUUUUCCUGUAGCGGAGCUGCCAACGACACAUAGCUGCGGGGACAGGGAAAGUGACGAGUCCAAUGUUUGGAACGGAUCCCCCCCAGCCCGGCUUAAUCCACAGCAGAGGCGAAGGGGAGAGGGGGCGGGGUUCUAGCCCGCCUAGGAAAGGGAAGGCCGUCUGCCCAUGCCCAGAGGCGCUUUCGACACUCACGAUUUCCGCGAGUUAAUGGCGCGGAGCCCCGCCCCCCGCGAAAAGAAGAUCAAUGGCAGAAGCGAGACUGGUCCGCGUUGGAAUUUCCAUGAGUUCGGUGCCACGCCCCCUCGGCCAGCGCCGCCUCCCCAUUGGCUGCCUUGCGGGUGAAAGUUUCCUUUUUCUCCGCAAGUCACAAGUGAGGAAACUGGGACAGGAGAGCAGGAUUCGGGCAGCGGACAAUUGGGGGGUGGGGAGAGAGAAAUCUGACGUCCGCUGCAUCAGGCGACCCACAUGGUGACUCACCCACCGGCUCCGCCCCACCGUCUCUUUCGUCCCACUUCUGGGCCCGGCGCCAUCUGUUUGCUCGCUUGCAAGGGGCAUAUUUUAUCAAUGAAGUCACUUGAAAGGGGGGGAGGGGGUCCUUGUCCUCCCCCGCGCCACAACUUCGCCACGUGAUGCUCUCAGUCUUGACCCCCCGAUGCUCUCCUGCUGCUGCUCGGGGCUGGUUCAGGUUUCGGGGCGAAACACGACACCCCUUUCCCUACUGACGUUACCCCUCUGGAAAUAGACCCUCAUGUCAUGGGAGGGAGGGAGGGACAGGAGAGCCUCGUGUAUGGAUCUUUUUCUUCUUUUUCAUUCAGCUGUUAAGCGUCUUCAUGUUCUGACUUGUCGCUUGAUUGCUUUCAUUCAUUCAGCUUCUUCCUAAUCGUCUUUCUCUCCCUCCCACCCCGGCUCGUUUUACAGCGCGCUCCUCCUAAGCCGCGAUUUGCUCGGGAGUCCAGAGGCUGCAAUGAGCCCAGCGGGCCUGGCUUCCAAAGAAGCCUGCUUGCGAAUCCCAGCCCCCCCCCCCCCCAAAAAAAACCCCUUCAUCUCUCCCUGAAUUAUAGCCUUUCCAAGCUGGUUUUGGAGGGCAGCAGAGCCAGCCAACACGGAUGUCACAUUCAUACCACUUUAACACCCAUGGCUUCCCCCCACGGAACACAGAGCCAACUCCUAGGGGCCGAGGUCCUUUCACCCCCCCUAAAAUAUUUGAGGGGGCCAUUCCCCCCCCGAAGAAAGUUGAUGGGCAUUUCCUUUCAAAUGGGGGGGGGUGUCGCAUCAUGUGAUCAAUUAUGUGGGGCAGGGCUUACCUCCCCCCCCCUCCAUAUUUUAUUCAAGUUGGCACCUUUGCUGGGAACCAUAGCUAAGGCUGUUUGGAAUUGUAGCUCUCUGUAUGUGGUUAAACUACAGUUCCCAGGAUUCUUGUGCUGGGGGUAGUCAUGACUCUUACAGUGGUAUAAACCUGCUGGAUGUGACUUACCAAAACACCUGUAUGUACUAGCAACAUUCAUUUUUUUUCAAGUUUGAUGUUUCAUUAUGUUUUUAUAUAUGCUGUAAGCCGCCCAGAGUGGCUGGGAAACCCAGCCAUAAUAAUAAUACCAUAAUAAUAGUAAUAAUAGUAAUAAUAAUAGCAAUAAUAAUAAUAAUAACAACAACAAUAACAACCACCUUUCAACAACAACCACCUUUUCCUCCGAGUAGCUCAAGGUGGUAUAUGUAACUCUCCCCAUUUUAUCCUCACCACAACCCUGUGAGGAAGGUUAGGCUGAUACAGAUGUCAGUGCUUCCACAGCCAAGAGACUCCUGCCUAAAUUUUCCUUUUCUCUCCCCCCCCCUCCAGCUUCCGUGUGCUCCGGAGGCCAGUCUUGGAGCCCAGACCUGGAAAAAUGCAUGGACUGCUCUGUCUGCCAGCGUCAAAACAAGAAUGACUUUUGCACCACAUGUGAGUGGCCGGCACCAACCCUUACCCACCAUGCACUGGGGCGGGAACCUUGGGUUGCUCCAGCUGCAUUGACUUCAUAUAUCAACAAGCCAUUUGUGAGAGUAGAACUGGGAUGGGUGGGGGGGAUUGAGGGCAGGAAACCAGGAAUGGUAGCUUUCCGCCUGCAAGGGUGAUCUGCACCGAACCCCUCUCUAUUUCAUGCCCCUCCUUCCAUUGCCUUCACAACAGCCCUUUAAGCCAGGCUAUAAGAUAGUGAUGGGCCUGGGUGUCACCCUUCCACCCAGCAAGCUUUAUGGCUGAAUGGAGAUUCGAACCCGGGCCCUAAUCUAACAUUCUCUACCCACUACACCGCACUGACACUGAAGGGUGCAGGACUCUGUGCACGGCAGGUGUAGAAAAACUGGCAUGAAUCCAGGGAGAGGAGGACCAAAUAUCAAAUGUACAUAGAAAGAGAUCUUCAUUGCAUUAAACAGAAUUUGAAAAACAUUAUUUUUUUCGUUUGGGGGUUUGUUUUGCUUCUCUUCUCCCUGCACCCCUGCUCCUCCCAGCUGGCAUAAGUAUGUGCUGAAAUCUGCUCCCCAAAAAGCCUGCGGCUUGAAAAGAAAAAGAUCAGCGACAUUCCCCAGCCUGAAUUCGAAGCUGAGAUUUGCAACUUUUUAUUUUUGGCACCGUUUCGUUCCUCUUCCAGCCGUGGGUCAAGCAACUGGCCUUGUGGGAAAUGGUUUAGCAGGAAGGAAAAGGGGAUGUUGUUGAAGACAAGUCUGGUUCAAAUUGUGAAGAGACUCUCGUCUGAGGGGAGCCCCAGGAAGAAGUGCUGGGAUCAGAAGCGGAUCAGGCUUUCGGGAAACUCAGCUAAGUUUAACCCUUCCCUCUCUCUUCUCUCUGGCAGGCGGAGACCCUCAACUCCCAGACAACUUCAAUAUGUGGCUUAUGGUGGGAGCAUCUCUGGGCGCCUUAACUCUGGCGGUUUUGAUAGGUGGCAUCAUAAUCUACGCCCGCUGCCGACGGCGGGAGAAAUUCACCAGUAAGUCGCUUCUUUCCCGUUAUCUAACCCUAAACUCGAGUCUUUCCUGGGAGCAUCUCGACAACAGAGCCCUCCCCGCCCCCCUGCACUUAUGGCUAAACUUUGCCUUCUCUAUUUCCAGCACCAAUUGAAGAGACUGGAGGCCAUUCAGCUCAGGAAUCGCUGAUACACUGAAGGUAAGAACGGAUGCUUCCAAUCUGUAACCACAGCUCCAUCCUACCCCACUCGCUUCUGCCAGUUGCAUUAACUUAGCAUCUUUCACUUAAGCAUCUUUCAAGAGCUGUAGGGGGAAAGCUGGGUAAUGUGUCCAGGCUUUUCCUCUUCCUCCAUUCCCAUAAUCCCAAAACUGGGUUUGAGAAAACGACAACGUGCGUUUGCAGGAGUAUUUAUUAAAUUAGCAGGACAGAUGGUUGCAAAUAGGGUUUUCUUUAACAAGGCAUAGAUUCAGUUGUGGGGAUCAUAGAAUUGUAGAGUUGGAAGAGAUUCUGACUGUGAUCUAGUUCAACGCUCUGCCAUGCAGGAAUAUGAACUGAAGCAUCUAUGACAGAUGGCCACCCAGCCUCUCAGCGUCCAGCUCUCCCGGGUGGUUGUUUCUCAAAUCUCAACCCUUGGUGGGGUGUAUUUUUAUCUGAGAAGUAAAUAAAUCCUGCCCUUUCUCAGGGCAGCGUAAACGGAACUCUCUGCUCUGUAACCCUCACAACAGCUCUGGGAAAUAGGAUACCCUGAAAGAUGGUGUCUGACCCAAAAUUACCCAGUAUGCUUUGGACCUGGGUCACUCUUAAGCCCACCUUCCCCAACCUGGAUAUGAUGGGAGUCUUAUAGCCAGGAUGGCUGAGUGGCCUAAGGCGCUAGGCUCAAGUUGCAGCCUCUCGCCUGGAGGCACGUUUUUGAAUCCCGCUUCUGACAAUACAUAUCGUAUUUUUUGCUCUAUAAGACGCACUUUUUCCCCUCCAAAAAUUAAGGGGAAAUGUGUGUGCGUCCUAUGGAGCGAAUGCAGGCUCCUUGGCUUCAGCGAAAUCAACGCAAAGCCUCUGGAGUGCAGAGGGAGCACUCCCUUCGUGCUCCGGAGGCUUUGCGUUGCUUUCGCUGAAGCCUGGAGAGCAAGACUCUCCUGGCUUCAGCAGAGAGCGAGAGCUGCACAGCACCCCUUCAGCGAAGCAGGAGGGGCUCCGUUUCUCCUGCCGCUUCGCUGAAGGCGCACUGAGCAGAGAGGGGGAGAAUUAUUUUUUCUUGUUCUCCCCCUCUAAAACUGGGUGUGUCCUAUGGUCAGGUGCGUCUUAUAGAGCGAAAAAUAAGGUAUUUUUACAUGGAAGCAGCGCUCUGCCUCCUUGGUCUUGCUUGCAAGCAUCUGGGUGGCCACUUUAAGAACAAGAUGCUGAACUAGAUGAGCCCCUGACUUGAUCCUGCAAGGGCUCGUCUUGCAUUCUUACUUGAAUAACACCUGGAGGUCAACAAAUUUGUCUCCAGGCCUUUGACAAUCCAUUUUUUACAUUCAUUCUUUUCUCUCCCGCCCCACAGAUCAUCUUGGUCGACAUUUCAAGUGCAAGAGAAGAGAUACAUCCAGCCUCUUCAUUACCUCUGACUUUUCCUGAAGAAUCCGGACAGGACGUUUUCCUUUGGCCCUGCAGGGGCCUUACACUUUUGCACACAUGCCAACUGACUCACUCACUCACUCACACUUGGGGGGGGGGGGAGUGGUGUGUGGGGAGGUCUUCCGCCUUCUUAACCUUCUGUACAUUUCGGGAAAGGAAAAGAAAAGUAUUUGUUUUCCCCCUUUGGAAUGGCGCAUCCGUCUCCCUCUAAAUUUUUCAGUGUUAGGGGAGGAGCAAAAGGGGUGGGGUGGGAAAUGCCUCUCUUUUUCCCUCCGGUGCCCCACGAUCUUAAUGCCCCAUAUUGGGGAGAUGAAAUUUCAUGCUGGGGAGUCAGCUGCAGAGAGAGAUUUUCAGCUGCCAAGUCUUCCCAGCUAGGUCACUUUUUGCUAGGAAGGUCACGGCAUCGCCUGUGCCGUUUCCCACUGCGAAGCAUCUUAGGGCUAACAAUGAAUGUGAUUCUUAGAUUAUCUGUAUAUAGAGAAGUCUUAUUUGGGUGCUAAGGCUCUCCAGGAGAGCAGCAGGGACUGUCUUUUCAACUGAGCCUCUUGCGCGGUGGCUGGGCCACGACGCAAGGAGCCACAAGACCCCCAACUACCCUCAGUUCUUCCUGUUUCUCCUCUGCCCUUGGUGCUCGAGCAGAGAGACACUGCUAUUUAUAUCUCUAACGUUUAAUUUUAUGGGUGUGAUUUUCAGGCACGGGGAGAGGGGUGGGGAACAGCAUGUCGUUUCAUGAACCAGAGUUUGUGGAUUUAAAUAAAAAAUAGAAUUAAUUAUCG